CACUUGGGGGUGCAUUUAACUUGUCAACUCUCUUGCGACGUUUGGUAUAUUUGAGCUAAUUCCAUCUCAAAACCAGCGGACCAACAGCACAAGCUUCUUCCACAAGAUUGGAGCAUUAUGUCGUCCUCCAACUCCAUCAUCAUUUUCGGCCCCACGGGCAAUGUUGGCCGUAAUGCUGCCAUCGCGGCUGGGAAACUUGGUGCGAAGGUGUUUCUUGCUAUGAGGGACCCGAAGAAGACUAUACCGGGAUUGGAUGAGAGUGAGGAGAAGAAGGGUGGGUUUGAGAGAGUUCAAGCUGAUUUGACGGAUUCCGAGAGCGUGAAGAAGGCUGUGAAGGAUACAGGUGCGAAGAAGGCUUUCUUUUAUUUGAUGCAUGCUGCGGGGGAUCAUAUGAGAGGGACGAUUCAGGCUUUGAAGGAGGGUGGUGUGGAGUUUGUUGUCUUUCUGAGCAGUUAUACUGUCAAGGAACCUUUGGAGGAUAUCCCACAGCAAGAUAUUAUCCCUUAUGGACACGCACAAGUCGAGCUUCAGCUUCUGGAUAUUUACGGCAAGGAGAAUUUUGUGGCAAUCCGACCGGGUGGUUUUGCCACUAAUAUCCAAAUGUGGCAUGGAGAUGAGAUUCAGAAAGGAAGUCUCAAGAUACAAGCUCCAGAUGCGGAAUUCGACGGCAUCACUGCUGAAGAUAUGGGCGAAGUCGCAGGAAACAUCCUCGCAAAAGACCAGAAGGACGUGCAUGCUGUCUACUUGUUCGGACCAAAGAUGUUGAGUCGUAUCGAGCAGGUCAGGAUUGUGGAGAAGGCUUUGGGGAAGAAGUUUGAAAUCGCAGAGAUUGGAGAGGAGGAGGCUGUACAGCAGUAUCUGACCAAGGGAAUUCCUGAGCAUUUUGCGAAGUAUUUGGCGGGCAAGAUGGCGGAAAUUGGGGAUAGUAAGGCGAGCUUUGCGGUGAAAGAUUGGGAGGAGGGAGUGAAGAAUGUGGAGAGGUUUACGGGGCAUCCGGCUAUUGGGUUUGAGGAGUGGGUGGGGAGGAACUUGGAUAGGUUUAGGUGAGCGAUUGAGGACUUUUGCAGACGACUUGAUGAUAGAUUAGGAGGAAACAGAACAAUUAGCAAGUAUCGAG